CCACUCCUCAUGUUCAACAAAACUUCGAUACGUACGCUUACAAAUUCCUCUGUAUACCCGCGUCUCGAGUUGUUCUACUCACUUCUACCAAUGUCGACAUUUAUUUUUUUUUAGGCUUUUGAGUUAAAAGUGUACUUAAAGAGAAAAAAAAAGGAAUUAAUUUUUAAAUCAGGUAAAAUAUAAAAAGAUAAAUAAUGGAGAGGCGCAGCAGGAAAAUUAUGCUGCUGCCAUUGUUGGUAUUGGCAUUGUCAAGUUUUUUAUAUGUCAAAGCUGAUCCAUUAGAUGGAUUAAAAAAAGUCAAAGAUUUAUCACAAAAUCAUCCGAAAAAUUUACAACUUCAAAGUAUUGAUGAGCUAUUAAAAAUAAAUCUAUCAGAUGAUACAUCAAAAGGUGAUUUAAGUGAUGAACAAGUUGAUGAAUUUUCAAAAGUACUUGCUGAUCCAAAAAAAAUUCUACAACAAGAAAUAAAUGUAUUAAGUAAUACAAAUACAAAUAAUAAUGAGGAUGCUGUUACUGAAAAAAAAAUUAAAAAAAUAUUUGUAAAUGUUGCUGAAUCAGUUAGAAAAAAAGCUGAUAAUAUUAAGAAAAAUAUUGAAAAAGAACAAGAUUUAUUGAAAUAUAAUAUAAACAAAGUAACUGAAUCAUCACAAAAAAUUAUAAAUAAUUUUAUAAAUGGUAAAUUAAGUGAUAAUAAAAAACUCCAUGCAUUGGUUAAUGAUGAAAAUAAUAUUGAUGAUGAUGAUGAUGAUGAAGUAGAUGAUGAAAAUGACGACGAUGAAGAAGAUGAUAUUGAUGAUGACGAUGAGGAUGAUGUUAUUGGUGAUGGAGAUGAAGAUGAAGAUGAUGACGAUGACGAUGAUGAUGACGAUGAUGAUGAUACAAUUGAAGACAUAAAAACUGAUGAAGAAAUUAUGGCAGAAUGUCCAGAUUAUUGUCGUUGUAGUGGACAAUAUUCAGCUUCAACAACUGCUGUUUGCAGUAAACUUAUUGAUAGAAAAAAAUCAUUUACCUCUGCAAUAAGUCAUCUUAAAAUUGAAAAUGCUGAUGAUUUAAAACUUGGACCACAUGAAUUAAUUGAAAAAGGUUUACAAAAAUUAGAAUCAAUAACAAUAACUGGUUCACGUAUAUCAAUGCUUGAUCGUUCAUCAUUUGAUGGUUUAACAUAUUUAUUUUCUGUUAAUAUGAGUAAAGAUGGUAAUGUUAAUAUUCAUCCAAAUAUAUUUGAAAAUAAUACACAAUUAAGUCUUCUUGCAAUAUCUGGUCAUUCUAACUGGCAAAAUUGGACAACAAAUAAUGAUUAUUUAUUUAAUGCACCAAGUGUUACUGAACUUGAUUUUUCAUGGAAUGAAGUAUCACAUUUACCACCAAGAGCAUUUUAUAAAAUGCCAAAUUUAGUAUAUCUUAAUUUAAAAUCAAAUCGUCUUGGUAAAAUUGAUAGAAAAUUAUUUGAACCAUUAAAAUCACUUAUUGAACUUGAUUUAUCAAGUAAUAUGUUAUCAAAUAUACCAUCUGAUGUAUUUGUUGGUAUUGAAUUACAAACAUUAAGAAUUGGUGAUAAUUUUUUGCAUUCAUUACAUACAAUUAAUGCAACAAAAUUAACAACACUUGAUGUAUCAAAUAAUCAUAUUAAAAUAAUUGAACAAAAUGAUUUUUCAAAUUUACAAUCAUUAGAAAAUUUAAUAAUAUCAUGGAAUAAUUUACAUAGAAUUCAUGAUCAUGCAUUUGCACAUAUUAAAGAACUUGAUCAUCUUGAUAUUAGUGGUAAUAAUUUAACAUUUUUAAGUGAUCAUCAUUUUCGUAAUAAUCCAAGACUUGAAAUAUUAUUAAUAAAUGAUAAUCCAAAUUUACGUGUUAUACCAAAAUUCAUAUUAAAAGGAAUGGAAUAUAAUAAAUUUAAUAUAUAUCGUUUUGAAUGUGCAAAUUGUGGUUUACGUAAUAUAUCAUAUGGUACAUUUGAUACAAUGCCAGCAUUAAGUAAAUUAAAUCUUGCUAAAAAUUACAUAGCUGAUUUACCAAAUGGUUUAUUUAAAUCAUUGUCAUCACUUAGUGAACUUGAUUUAUCUGAUAAUGCAAUAACAUUUAUUAAACCAACUAUGUUUGAUGGUGCUGUUUCAUUAUCAAAACUUAAUAUUGCUAAUAAUCCAAUUACAUCACUUCAAGUUGAAGCAUUUAAAAGUACAAAAUCAUUAUCACAUCUUGAUGUUAGUGGUUGUUUCUUACGUAGAAUUUGGAGUGAAGCAAGAACACCAUUUAAAUCAUUACGUUAUUUAACAGUAUAUGAAAAUAAAUUAGAACAUAUUACAGUUGAAGAAUUAAAAGCAAUGCCAAAAUUAUCAUCACUUGAUUUAUCUGGUAAUCCAUUUGUUUGUGAUAAUGAUUUUAUGAAAUCAAUGGAAUAUUUAAUUAAACUUGGAAUCAAACAAACUCAUGAUAAUCCAAUAAUAAGUAAUAUUCAAAGUAGUGAAAAUAUAGCUGAUGCUUAUAAUAUUCAUAAUUUUUGGAGUGAUCUUGUUAAAAAAGUAUGUUUAUCUGUUGAUGAUGGACCACCACCAAGACGUAUGCCAAAACCAUCAAUUAAAAAACAACAACAACAACAACCAAUAUAUCCACAAGAUAUAAAUCAUUCUGAAUUAUCAAGAAAUGAUAUUGAAAAAAUUGAAGAAGCAUUUAAUAAUCAUGGACAAGUUAUUGAUGAUGAUAGUAAUGAUAAUUGGUCAGAAAGUGAUAUACCAGAUGAAGAUGAUGUUGAUUGUAUUGAUAAUUGUGAUGAAAUUAAAAAUAAAUCAAUGUAUCUUAGUUGGUAUGGUGGACAACUUUGGCCAUUAUUAGUUGGAUUAUUAUUUAUUGGUACAAUGAUUUUAAUAAUAUUACAAAUUUCAUAUUACAUGAAACAAAGAAAUGGUCAUUCACCUGUUUUACGAGGUUUAAGUUUAUAUCCAGGUCUUGAUGGAAGUAAAAAUAGUGGAGCUGUUUAUAAACAACUUCAGGAAGAAAUUCCAACACCUAAAAUGACAAAACGAGGUGGAUUUUUUUUAAUAAGUCCUUGGACACAAAGUGAUGUCAUUCCAGAGAGUGUUUAAAAGAAGAAAAAUAUUAUUUUAUUUUUUUCAUAAAUCCUCGCUGGAUCGAUGACAUUUUUUUUUUUUUUUUUUUAUUUUUUUUUUGCUUAUUUACAAUCGCCAAACAUUAUCAGCAAUUAAAUUUUAAAAUAAUGCGACAAUCGAAACUUCGAAUCGAUGCCAG